CUUUAGUAUAAAAGCAAUCUUAAUGUGCUAUCAAAAUUCAAAAAGAGAAGAGCUCAAGAAGAAGAAGAAGAGACAAUGGGGAAAGGAGUAGUAUCAGAGAAGGUGAAGCUUGUGGUGGCAUUGAUCACACUUCAGUUCUGUUUCGCAGGCUUCCACAUUGUCUCAAGAGUUGCUCUUAACAUUGGUGUCAGCAAAGUUGUGUACCCUGUUUAUCGGAAUCUCCUUGCCCUUCUCCUCAUAGGUCCCUUCGCUUACUUCUUCGAAAAAAAGGAAAGACCUCCACUCACAAUCUCUUUACUGGCGCAGUUCUUCUUCUUGGCACUCAUAGGAAUCACAGCGAACCAAGGAUUUUACCUAUUGGGACUUUACUAUGCAACUCCAACGUUUGCUUCCGCAAUGCAGAACUCUGUUCCUGCCAUCACUUUCAUCAUGGCUUGUACACUAAGGUUAGAGCACAUAGACCUGGUCAGGAAACAUGGUGUGGCCAAAGUAUUGGGAACUCUUGUGAGCAUCGGUGGAGCCACCGUGAUCACAUUAUACAGAGGAUUUCCGAUAUUUGACCAGGGCCUUAACAUGCAAAAGGAAGAGGUGAUCGGAUCUGACAAAUCAUCGCACAACUGGAAACUCGGAUGGUUAUACCUUAUGGGACAUUGUCUGUCAUGGGCUGGUUGGAUGGUUCUUCAAGCUCCUGUUCUAAAGCAAUACCCGGCAAAGCUCACUUUAACAUCCUUCACAUGUUUCUUUGGUCUGAUUCAGUUUCUGGUCAUUGCUCUGUUUGUGGAAACUGAUCUUAAUAACUGGAUCAUCGUCUCAUGGGAAGAGCUCUUCACCAUCCUAUACGCUGGAAUAAUAGCAUCAGGGUUGGUGGUGUAUCUUCAAACAUGGUGUAUUUACAAAAGCGGUCCAGUCUUUGUCGCUGUCUUCCAGCCUCUCCAGACACUUCUUGUUGCUGCAAUGGCGUUUCUUAUUCUUGGUGAUCAGUUAUACUCCGGAAGGAUUGUUGGUGCAGUGUUCAUAAUGCUAGGGCUCUACUUAGUUCUUUGGGGGAAAAACGAAGAAAGAAAACUGGUUCUUGAAGAAAGUCAACAAGAUCCAGAGUCAUUGACCAAAAAUCUACUUGAGGCACAACACCAGAAGAGUAUUUCUGAAUCUGAAGUGUAAAAGUUUACACUGCUGCAAACAUAACGCAUUACUGCUCUGUACAUACACACAAGAACUUGUCCAACACACAGGCUCCUCAAGUGGGUCUCUCAUACAACUGAUAUUCUAGUCGUUUACUUUGGAGUUGUAAUCAAAAUUGGGUUGCAAUUUAUUUAUGAAUAAAUGAAAAGAUGAUAACAUUAAAUCAAAGUUGACAAUAGAAAAGCAAAUGUUCUGAUCUGGUCUGGUUGGAGACAGACCAAUGAUCUGGAGAACUCAUGUUCAUGCAACUGUGUACUGUCUUAAUCUUUCAUACAACGAAUCUAUAACAUUUGUGACCCAGUAUUUGAUUAUCCAGAUAGGCUGCUAAUUUUGUGACCCAUGAUCAAAUAUUUGAGUCCCAGUGAUCGAAGUUCUGAUUCUACUCCUACAAUUUUGACUUUUAUAACCAAAACUAGUCAACAUAUGAAACAAAAAAAAAAAAAGAGAAAUCUUGAUAUCACAAGUCACUAGAAAGAAAUACAAUCGCACUAAACCACAAAUUAAACAACUUAGCUGCAAUAGCACAUGUUGAAAGAAAAGGGAGUCUAAGUUCAAAACCAUUGUGCAAACACAACAUGA